AUGAGUAACACCAACAAAAUACCUAAUCUUUCACUUGAUAGAAUUCAAACAGCAGACAAUUUUAAUACAGAUAGCUCAAACAAUCCGCAGUCAGAUUUUCUCGCGAAAAUUUCAGUUGGCCCACGGAGACCAAAGAAAAUUGAUAACGAAUACACUAGUAGAGAAGUUCUUUUAGCAGAAAAGACGGAUCUUGUCAACCAACUACAGUAUUUAGAAGAACAAAUUAAAGAGAAAAAGAAAUCUCUUAAUGUAUCUAUUCAAGAGAAAGCUAAAAAGAUUGAUGAUGCAAUUGCAUUUCAACAAAGAUUUUCAAAUCAAGAAGUUUCAGAAACAUCUAAGCGUCGAUACGCAGCUGAAGCUAAGAUUGCAAAAUUAAGUGAAGUUAUUGAAGGAUUAGAAAAAAGAUACAACGAGCUUACAGUUAUGUUUGCUCCAGAGAAAGAAAUAUCAAUCAAAACAGACAUAGUUUUCCAAAGACGUCAAAUUUCUUUACUAAAACAUGAUGUGGAAGAAAUUAAAAGAAAACACGAUGAAAUUGAGAUUAGAUUGGAGUCAGAUGAGUUCAAGCAGCGGAUGAAUGAAAUGGAUGAACUUAAAAAACAAUUCAUUGCAUUGAAAAAUGAAUAUAGAGCCGAGAAAAAGAAAAACAACAGUUUAGCUAAUGAAUUAAAAACUAUUGAAAAGAAAUAUCCAACUCCAGAAAAAGAAAUGAAACUAGAAAUUGAAAAACUUAAGCAUCAGCUCGAUACAAUGAGCAAAGUUAAUGAGAUGAUAAACAGAAAAGUACAGCACACUAAUAAUCACCAUCAACCAGCUGCUCCUAAAGAAAGUCCAUCGAAGAAUCCUCAAAAUAAAGCAUUGAAACCAGCUGAACCAAUUGACGAAGGUAAUGUUAAUAUUUUUGAAACAGAAGCGGUCCACGCCGAACCAGAUGAACAUAAUAAAGAUACAAAAACAGACAGUGAGUUUGAUUCAUCAGAUAAUGAUGAAAAAGAAGAUCAUGAUGAUAAAUCUGACUCAGAACAUAAUGAAAGCUUUGAUUCAGAUCAUAAAGAAGAAAAAGAAAAUGAUUUUGAAUCAGAAAGAAAUGAUACAAAAAUUGAUUCAGAACAAAAAGAAGAAAGCAAAAAUAAUGCAGAAAAUGAACAAAACAACUCAUUUGAAAAGAAUGAUGAUUCUGAUUUUGAAUCAGACCAACGACAAGAGGAAAAUCAUGAAAGUGAUGACUUUGACGAAUGA